CCGCGCCUGGCGCCGCCCGCAGCCCGCCGGCGGCCGCUGCCUAUUUUAGUCACAGCGCCGGGACGGGGCCGCCGCGGGGCCGGGGGACGGGACGGGACCGGCCGGGACGGCGCCUGCCGCCGGGGGCUGCGGGGAGCGACCCCCCUCUGUCCGUCCCGUCUGGCCCGUCCCGAACCGGCGGGGAGACUUUGCCGAGGGCGCCCGGCAGGGGGCCCGGGGACAGAUCAGAUAAAACUACAGAUGACACGGCCAAAGUCAAGACAACGCACGAACUGAUGAGAAACAACAUUGCCUUCUGAGAACAUUAGCUUCCUAGUUGCUGGAAAUCCUAAGUGCAACUUUACUACCAAAAGAGACCCUGACAUUAUGUGAUCAUUGAGCAGAGUUUGCAAGAAUGGAAAAGCAAAGGACCCCACUGGCUGUAUCACAUAAAUAACAAUUUCAGAGAUUCAGCUGAAUCGAAAAAUUAGUCCAGCCAUGGGAGAAAAUGCAAGUUUUUGGGAGAGCUUGAUAUAUGCACAUCCUACGUGCGCCACCUGGAAGCAAGAGGCAGAGGGAUCUAUCUACCACCUAGCUAGUAUUCUCUUUGUUGUUGGCUUCAUGGGUGGAAGUGGAUUCUUUGGGCUUCUCUAUGUCUUCAGUUUGCUUGGAUUGGGCUUUCUCUGCUCUUCUGUUUGGGCUUGGCUGGAUGUCUGUGCUGCUGAUAUAUUCUCCUGGAAUUUUAUACUGUUUGCUAUAUGCUUCGUACAGUUCAUUUAUGUUACCUAUCAAGUUCGGAGUGUUUCCUUUGACAAAGAAUUCCAGGAACUCUACAGUGCUCUCUUCCAGCCUCUAGGAAUUUCCUUAACUGUUUAUAGGAAGAUUGUCUUGUGCUGUGAUGCAGAAGUGGUUACCCUGGAGAAGGAGCACUGUUACGCUAUGCAAGGCAAAACACCUAUUGAUAAACUCUCCUUGCUUGUAUCAGGCAGGAUCAGAGUGACAGUUGAUGGGGAGUUUCUGCAUUAUAUUUUUCCUCUUCAAUUUCUGGAUUCUCCUGAAUGGGAUUCACUGAGGCCCACAGAAGAGGGAAUUUUCCAGGUAACGCUUACAGCAGAGACAGAUUGUCGAUAUGUGGCCUGGAGGAGAAAGAAGCUGUACUUGCUGUUUGCUAAGCACCGUUUCAUCUCACGCCUCUUCUCAAUUUUAAUCGGGAGCGACAUUGCCGAAAAACUGUAUGCUCUGAACGACAGGUGCACGUGGGGAAGGGGUUUAGGGGUCUUCAAGAUGAACACUACAGCAAUUAGCCCACUCACUGUUACUCCACUAGGUUUUAUUCCAGACCUAAAAAACGCCACCCUUGUGCCUUUCAAUGAGACUGCGUGUGAAAACUGGAAAGAGAUUCAUCAUCUUGUUUUCCAUGUGGCAAAUAUUUGUUUUGCGGUUGGGCUAGUUAUUCCAACUACUCUGAAUCUUCAUAUGAUUUUUCUGCGAGGCCUGCUCACCAUAGGAUGUGCAUUGUUCAUCAUUUGGGCUACACUCUACCGUUGUGCCUUGGACAUAAUGAUCUGGAAUUCUGUGUUUUUGGUUGUCAACCUUUUACAUUUCAUAUACCUAGUGUAUAAGAGAAGACCGAUCAAGAUAGAGAAGGAGCUCAGUAGCCUCUACAAGAGAAUGUUUGAACCACUCCAUGUGCCUCCAGAGCUGUUCCAGAGAUUAACUGGGCAAUUUUGCAACAUUCAAACUUUAAAGACAGGUCAAGCUUAUGCUGCAGAGGAUAAAACAUCAGUUGAUGAUAGGCUGAGCAUCCUGCUGAAGGGGAAAAUGAAGGUCUCUUAUCGAGGGCAUUUUCUGCAUAAUAUUUACCCCUGUGCCUUUAUAGAUUCACCUGAAUUUCGAUCAACUCAGAUGAACCGGGGUGAGAAAUUCCAGGUCACCAUUAUCGCAGAUGAUAAUUGCAAGUUCCUGUGCUGGUCCAGAGAAAGGCUGACUUAUUUUCUGGAAUCUGAACCAUUUCUUUAUGAGAUCUUUAAGUAUCUUAUUGGCAAAGAUAUUACAAAUAAACUGUAUUCAUUGAAUGACCCAACCUUAAAUGACAAGGCCUCAAAAAAGAUUGAUCGUCAGCCUAGUCUUUGCUCACAGCUAUCUGUGAUGCAGAUGAGAAACAGUAUGGCCAGUACCAGCGACAGUGAGGAUGGCUUGCAGAUGUUUCUUCGUGGGACUUCCUCUGCAUCCUCUCUACUGACAGGUCCAGCAGCACCUCCCCUAGCCGGCUCAUCGACUGCUCGUGUGAAGAAAUUGUCCUCUACAGUCUCCAGAAACCUCCUGGACUGCUUGAACCUGUUACCACCAGCUACGGGGGUGGUUAGAGCUCCCCAUGAGCACCCAGGCCUGCCAUCAUGAGGCUUCAUCCAGCUGUCUAAAGAAGGCUUCCAACUACUUGCUCUUCUUGAUCAGGCAGCCUGUAGCAGAUACUGCUGUGAAGUCUCCCAUGUUGGUCUGUUCUCUGAUCUUUACCCAUAAGCUCUCAACUGGCUUUUCACCUGUUCCAAGGCAAAGCUCCAUGCAUUGAAGCCACUCCUCUGCAUAGAGGGCACUUGUACAAAUUGGCACACUCAGAAGCCUGAAAGAAAUUGUAAAACUGUAUCUGUGCAAUUAGCUAAAAUUAAAAUUCUCUCCCAGGCCUAGCAUCAGAACACUAACACCAGUAUUUCAGCUUUGGGAGAAAGUAAUCUAAAUGCUUGACAUUUCCAGCUGUAAUUACAUUAAUCCCUAAGAUGCGUCCAUUUUUAGCAUAUACUUGUUAAAAACACUCUUCUCUGCUGUACGUUUCCUGGUUUAUGUACCAUGUUUUCUGGUGUAUGGUGUGUACUUUCCCCAAGAGAGAGGAGAGGGAUGUUUAAAUGUCUUUUAUGUUCUAACAACAACGGUUGGUGUAGUUGGUAGUGCCACCAUGCCAUUGGCAACAAUAGGUGUGGUGGCAGCCUCUGGAGUCCAGUGUUUCUCUUUCGUAGAGGUGGGGAGGUUGCCCAUAGAGCAGUGUGUAAGACACCUCAAGAAAUGCUAUCAUUUAUUUCUUCUUUGCAUUUUGAUUAAUAUGAAAUUUCUGACUUCUGUAGUUGAUAAAAGGUGAUUUGUCUAACUAAA